CUUUUCACCCUUACGACUCGAGCCCAUAUAUCAUAACGCACUUGUAAUUAGUCUUGUUGAGCGCGCUUUGAGGAUCUUACUCCUUUCUUCCUCUGAAGCCUUUCCAGGCAGCCGAGCUUUACCAGCCGGCUAGCCUCGUCAAGACGAGCUCUUAUCAUGGACGAUUCCGAUGAUGUUUCGGGUUUAUUUGGUAUUGAUGGAGCGUCUGUAAUGUUAGAAGAGUAUUUUCUCGCUGAUGGAAAGACUGGCGUCCGUUUUGGUCUUCCUGCUGUCUUCGCUACUCGAGACGAACUCGUCGGAUGGGAAGAUCCUCCGCUGUGGACUACGAUUCAACCUUUCCUCGACAGCCAAGGUCUUGAACUGGAAUUCACGAUUUUCAACAGCAGUCGCGAGCCAAUGGCAUAUUGGCAUUGUAUCUAUCUAUUACUGCUUGGUAAAAAUUAUCGCGAUGACUUCAUAGAGUCGUUGACAGAAAUCCAGUAUCAUUCAUUAAGGAUGAUCUUGGACUGGAUCGACGCAUCUUAUGCCAGUCCUGAAAUUGUUUCUGAAAUUCUAGCCUUCAUGGCCGUGAGGGCACUAGCCUUUCUACCCGAUGAUGCUUUCUUUGAAAAACGCACCAAUUUCAUCACUGGACGUGGAUAUGACGAGAGUAUGUAUCGGCUCUUCAACAUGGAGUUCACGCCCAGAAGAAGACCGCCAGACGCAAGCAGACAUUUUCCUCCACAACUUUCCUAUGUUCGAGGUUCUGCAUAUAAUGCUGCCAGAGAGAAGGAGAUUCUCAAGCAGUCGGAAGCUCCAGACUAUAUUCUUGGUCCCAUCCUCGAGCCGACAUUCCUGAAGAUAAAUCCCAUCACGAUUCACACGCUAACCAAGAAAGGCGUCCCAUUUACCGGAUCAGGAGACGAAGAGCGUCUUGUUUGGGAGGAAAAAGAGCUUGAGGAUCCCACAGUCGAGAAGCAUUAUAAGUCUCGAGUCUUUCUUCGCAGCUCGCAAAAUCCUAUUUCUCACACGUUGGAUGAAGUCAUUGCGCUUGCAUCAUCUCUUCUCUCUAUCAGCAGAAGAAAUUUUGAAAUGGAUCUCAUACACCUCAAAAGGCCAGGGAAAUCCGGCCCAAUUGUGUCUUACUGUCCUUGGCUCUCUGUGGCGGAGAAGACAGGGAAGCCGCGGUAUCUGUGGGAUACAUUAAUUGAUGCGACAGUGGAGUACCCUGGAGACGUGGAGUAUGCCGCUAUUAGUCACACUUGGGGUCGGAUGGCACUAUGGGACAAGGCACUUGUCGAGGUUCCGAACGUCAAAUGGCCAAUUGUCCAGAACUCUCGAUUUCCCGUUGAACGACUUCCCGAAAUUCUUAAGGAUGCUUCCAAGUCACUCGGAGUCCGUUAUAUAUGGUUCGACCUUGUUUGCAUUCCUCAGAACUGUGCCAGAGGUGUUGUCGCCCCUCAGUGGAAAGAUAUUCAUCUGGAACAAGUCAGUAUCCAAGCAAAGAUAUUCUCUGGUGCAAAGCACGCAGCAGUCUGGUUCUCGGACGUGACCGGGUUUGAGGGCGUGAAGGCAGCAGUUGAGAGCGCAGUCAUUACAGCAAUAGGUCUGUCAAGUGAGGGAGUCAAGUACCUCGUGAAUAUUGAUGUGGUCAAGCGCAUUUUCCAAGAAGCCCACCGCAGAGACUGCGAGCUUGCUGGUCAGACAACACAGGAAACUUCGAGGUCUGAUAUCAACAAGUGGUUCAGUUCUUUGUGGACUUUGCAGGAAGCAUGUCUCAGGCCAGAUAUGAUUAUAUGCGACAAAAACUGGGAAUAUCUCUCACUAAAUGGGAAGCAGCCGCUAAAGCUUGAUGGCCUAAUAUCCCUCAUUGACUUGGCCCCAUUCAACAUGCUUCAUCGCCAAGCAAACUUCUUCUAUGGUGAUCCGGUUGAGAACCCCGAUCAAGAACUUCUCGAAUAUGGAUACGAGGAGUCUAAGAGUCUAGCUCAACUCAAAACGACUUUGAAGUACAGUGGGCUCAGCCAACUCGUUGAGUUGACUCGGAUGAGAAUACUAUAUCAAGCAGACCAACGAGAAUGCUCCCGCGAUCGAGCCUUGGCUUUCAUGUCUGCUAUCGGUGUAACAAAUUGGUUGGAAGUCUCCAAGUCCGAUAGCUCUAUUGUCAAAAUCAGCGACUAUCCAUACACCUUUGUAUUAGAACUUCGCACAAAGCUUGGUGCUUCAUUCUUCGGUAUGGACUGGCGUAUGGAGUAUCUUGCCUAUCUUCCAAGUGGGAUCUCCAGAGGCCCCGGGAGUAUGUUACCGUAUGGAUACUAUGAAGCUUCUGCUCCUCCAACGCUGACUGAGAACGAAACUCGUCGUGGACAUUCAUCAGUUGAAACUUGGCAAGUGCUCCAGAACGGAGCUGUUCGGAUGAAGGAGGCUAUUAUUAUUUCAUCACCAGAGAUCAGAGCAUCGGCGGAAAAGGAUAUCAUGAUCAAGUUUCCUUCACGCAGGGCAUGGAAUGUGCUUCCUGCAAGCGAAAUCCGGGCCAUAAAUCGCAACCCCGAUCACAUCGCCAGGAGAUAUACACAAGCAGUACAAGAGCUUACCGGUGUUCAAAAGCAGGUGACGCCAGAUGAUGACAUCCCCCCUCUCAGAAGGCUCUUUCUAGAAUACGCGAAACAAUUCACCCUGAAAAUACCAGAUGGCAGUUUCGGGCUGCAUGCAUUUUUGCAAGGUCUGGAGGGGUCGUAUUACGCGGUUCUCCUCUACGAUGAGAAAGAGACCAUCCAGACUCAUGUUGCUGUAGAGUACAGGCAACGUCUCGAAGGGAUCAUUUUGCAACGCCUUGAUGAAGUUGGGCUUCGGAGGGCUGGCAUCUUUCGCAAGGUGGGAAUGUUUCGUACACAGUUUGAGCGAGUUGCUAAGCACGAGACAUUUGUAACAAGUCUCUUGGAUUUCAUUGUCGUUUGA